CUUCCCUUUCCCUUUCCCUUGCUUCCUUCGUUCCAUCCUACGUCCGAAACGUACCAUAAAGUAUUCUCUGUCUUCGGAGGAACUGUCUGGUAAGAGACAGAAAGAUUCUUCGAUGGGCUCAUAAGAGAGAGCACCCAAUCGAAACUCUUGGGAAUUUAGACGCAUCAUUCCGAGAAAUCUGUCGGAGUUUCACUCACGAUCCACCUCUUCCUGCUGUUCUCUUUUAUGAGUAAGCAAGUUGAUGAUGGCAGACUUUCCAGGUUAUUUGAGAGCUUGCUUGCAUACUGGGAAGCUUGCUUGCUUAGCAAUUUUGGUCUCAGGAGGGAUUGUAAUGCAAAUACUGGCAUGUGCUUUGUACGAUAAUUGGUGGCCAAUGUUAACAGUAUUAAUGUAUGUGCUUCUUCCCAUGCCUUUGUUGUUCUUUGCGGGGUCAGACACUUCUUCUUUCUUCUCUGAGUCUGGAAAUAGUUGGGUGGAUGUAACUAAGUUCUUGACUGGAGCUUCAACCAUUGGGAGCAUCGCAAUACCAGUUAUCUUAAAACAUUCUGGUGUUAUUGGUUGGGGAGCCCUGGCUCUGGAACUCUCAUCCUUCUUCACAUUUGUUUUAGCAAUCUUGUGUUUCCUUGGGACAAGUGAUAAUGAUGGAUACAGCAUGUUCUGAGACAUGCUGCCAUCCCCAAAGGAAAAAUUUCCCAUUUACAUUUGUGUAAAAGAAGCAUCGAUGCCAGUUAUUUUCUACAAGAUCUUUUAUUCAUCUUUUCGUGAGCAUUGCCUUCGUGUAUAAAAUGUUGUUUCUUUGACUGAACAAUAUUCUUUUGGGUCAGUGAUUAUCUUUGAAAUUUGUUGUGUGAGACUGCUGAAGUCAAUAUUGCCUGGUUUGUGUCCUUUAGGGGAGGAUAUGUUCUGGUUAAUAAGUAGUUGCAUCAUGAGCAAGGGCAAUGUAGCCCACUUUAUUUGCUAUAGAGCAAGAUAGUCUCUCUGCUUGGAGGGGUAAAGUUACGUACAUUUAUCCCUUCCCAAACCCUGCAGUGAUGGGAGCUUGGU